AUUAUUAUAAGCCUUAUGAUGAAGUGUUUCUUGAGUGAGGGGAUAAUUAGUCAAUGGUAUUAAUCAAUUAGCCAUGGCACCGAAAGGUAACAACGUUGUCCCAAACGGACAUUUCCACAAAGAUUGGCAAAGAUAUGUUAAAACUUGGUUCAACCAACCAGCAAGAAAGAAGCGACGACAUGAUACUAGGUUGAAGAAAGCUCGACGUAUCGCGCCACGACCUGCAGCUGGUCCACUCAGACCAAUUGUACGAUGCCCUACAUUUAAAUACAAUUCCAAGAGAAGAAUGGGAAAAGGAUUCUCUUUUGAAGAAUUAAAGGCUGUCAAAGUCAGUUGGAAAGAAGCCUUAGGUAUUGGAAUUGCUGUAGAUUUCAGACGAAAAAAUAAGUCUGUGGAAUCACUUCAAGAAAAUGUUCAAAGACUAAAGGAAUACAAAUCGAAAUUGAUCUUGUUCCCUAGAAACAAAAAGAAGGUCCGAGCUGGCGAAGCUUCUUCUGAAGAAGUCAAGAUGGCUACCCAAUUGACAGGAAAGUUGAUGCCAGUGAAAUCUUCAUUUAAACCCGACAAAGCUCGUGCGGUCACUGCCGAGGAAAAGAAAUCAUCGGCUUACCAACAAAUUGUUCGUGCUCGUAAAGAAGAGAGAUUCGUUGGUGUCCUCAACAAGAUUAGAAAGAGGAAAUACGCCAGAGCUAAGGUCCGAAAGGCAAAGAAAGACGGAACAUACAAAAAGGAAGAUAAGGGAAAGGGAACCAAACCCAAACGAAAAUAAAUUAAGACACUUGCUUCAAAAUAAAAAAAAAUAUAUGAAAGUUGCUUUUUUAAAAUGGAUAUUUGUUACACAAGAAAUAUUCCUAUGGAUUCACUUUAAGGCCCUUCCCAAUUUCCUAUCAAAAAUAUUGAUGGUGUUCCCCAAAGCUAGAAUGACAAUCCCUUGCAUUCAUGUGCACCCUGGAGUAAAGAAAUGAUGCCCAGCACUGAGAUUAUUUGACAAAUCUGUGUCCAGGGAUUUUUGGGUCUGAAGAUUUAAACCAAAGGCUUAUGAGAUUUAUUUAAAUAAAACAAAUAUCAUUUCAUAUUAUGACAUUGCACAUUAAAUUAAAAUAAAAAAAAAUGUUGAUUG